AUGAUUUUUCCAGCACUUGUAUUUCUUGGUCUAAAAAAUAAUGACUGCUGUGGCUGCUGUGGCAAUGAGAGUUGUGGGAAGAGAUUUGCAGUAAGUAUUAGAUGUAAUAUGGAAUAAUCUAAAAUGAUUUCUUUCAAUAUUGGUUAACAUGUAUCAGUGUAUGGCAGCCCGCAAAACGUAUAAUAAAGAUAACAUAUGUUAUAGGGACACUAUAGGCACCCAGGCCACUUAAAGGACCACUAUAGUGCCAGGAAAACAUACUUGCCGGGCUGUAGGGGGUGGAAGGGGUUAAACUUACCUCUUUCUCCAGAGCCGGGCGGGGGACUCUUCUCCUCCUCGACUGAAUGCGCAUGCGAGGCAAGAGCCACGCGCGCAUUCAGCCAGUCCAUAGGAAAGCAUUCACAAUGCUUUCCUAUGGACGCGGGUGUCUUCUCACUGUGAGAAUCACAGUGAGAAGCGUGGAAGCGUCUCUAGCGGCUGUCAAUGAGACAGCCACUAGAGGCUGGAUUAACCCUAAUAUAAACAUAGCAGUUUCUCUGAAACUGCUAUGUUUAUAGAAAAAAGGGUUAAACCUAGCUGGACCUGGCACCCAGACCACUUCAUUAAGCUGAAGUGAUCUGGGUGCCUAUAGUGGUCCUUUAAUCUCAUUGAGGUAGCCUGGGUGGAGUGUAUCGGAUCCCUUAACCCUCAACAUAAAACAUUGCUGUUUUUGAGUGUUAAGACUGCCUCCAGUGGCUGUAUGACUAGAACUACUAGAUACCUUGUGUUCAGCUAUUUCAGGGGGAGAAAGAGGCAGAUGGGGAAGAGAAAGAAUGGGAAUGAGAGGGGAGACAUUGACACAGAGGAGCAGUGAGGGGGAGAAAGAAACAUACAGAGUGACUGGGGGGAGACAAAAAAGGCACACAGAGGGGCUGGAGAUAAAAAGAGACACACAUAGGGGCUGUAUAUAUCACUGGUGGAUGGGGGGGCAACGGGGCAAUUCCCCCCCCCCACGAGGCUUUCCCCUGCCGGCUGAUCUCCCUCCCCGUUCCACAGGCACUGUGCGGGCAGCCGGCAGGGGAGGGAGGAAGAGAGGACCCAGGAGCUCAACCUGCAGCUCCCCUGGGACCUUCUCGCGCGAGCACAGAGUGUUGCCGCAGUUACCACGGCAACGCUCCAGCACUCAUGAGGGAGGGAGGGCGCUCCCCUGGAGCUAGAGUUAACUCUCACCACUGCGACUACCAGGGAUUCCAUACACACAAUGCCCCCACACACACACCAUACACAUUCACACACUGCCCACCCAUAUACACAUUGCCCCACACACACUACACAUCCACACACUGAACCUUUCACACACAUUGCACCACUGCUCCUAUACCAUACUACAGCCCCAUAUCUCAGCAGACCCCAGGUAAGUUGUCAAACUGUUCUUAAACGGUUUGACUACUUACUCUGGGAGGGGGUCCCGGCACUCCUGGCAUCAUAACCACUACACAGAGCAGUAGUGGUUAUUGUGCAUGGAAUAUUUCUUUAAAUAAUCUACAAGUGCCCCUCCCGGGAUCUGGCUCUGGAUCAGCCACUGGUAUAUGACAUGUAUAUUAAUGUGUGCAUUAGUUAUAUAUAUAUAUAAUGCCUAUUAUAUUUACACAUAUUAAUGUACAUUUAUAAAUGCAUAAUACACAGAGAAAUGUCAUUAAUAUGUACCAUAUGUAAUGAGCAGAUAUUGGCCCAGUCUUGUUGCUAGGUGCAUACACCAGCACAAUAACAUAUUUAAAGUGAAGAGCACACCACAGGACUUCAAAAUAAUUUUUUUUUACAGUUAUGCCCCACAUAUAUUCACCAUUUCAGUCCCAUUUAAAAUAAAUCUGCACUUUUGUUUAUUUUGAAGCCUAUGAGUAUUUUUAUUUACGUUGGAGUAAUAAUUUUUAAUUUUAUGUUAUCUGUUCUAACUCUGUAUCUGCACACUAUGCUGGCGCGAUGCAUUAUGGGGCUGGUAAAUAUUUUUUCCCAGGGCUGCUUUUAAUUCCCAGUCCGGCCCUGUAGAGGAGUUAUGCAAGUAAAUCCAAUAUUAAAUAGUUAUUUUUGCACUAUUUUGAACAAUUAAAGAAAUUUUUUGAAAAAAAAUGAUAUAUAUAUUCCUUUCUCUUCCUGCGAAUGGGCUGCCUCUUUGAGCAGAAUUGCUUGCUUUGUAAAAUAGUGAUUCAGGUAGAGCGCAGUAGCUAAGAUAGUUUUAAUCGGUAUGGGCUGUUCAUUAACGUAAGCAAUGAAAUUCAAAGCAAAUUCAUAAUGAAUUUCAAAUGGUAUCUGAACUACAAGCAUGGACAUUUUUUCCACUUUAACUAUUUUUACCUUAAAUUUGAAAUUCACAUUGUAUUCACUUUGAGUUUCAAACAAUUCUCACUCUAGUGAAUAAACAUGAUAGUCUCAUGGGAGUCACAAACUCGGGAAUCGUACGGUUGCUCGUGGGGGCACUAUGUCCUCCCACUUUAUUUAACAGGUCCUAUCCCUGUCUGAUGAGGCCUUUCUAGUAACAACGCCCUAUUUAGUAUAACCCCAUUAGACCCAACUCAAAGAUGUUUCUGCAUACAUGUUACCCAGCACGUAUUCUAGAUUUGGGAUAACAUAAUAUAGUGCUUAAUAUAAUCUAAUGUAUUUAUGUUUUCUUUUCAGAUGUUUUCAUCUAUUCUAUUUGCUGCCAUUGGAUUUGCAGGAGCUGCUUACUGCUUUGUUAUUUCAGCAGUUGCUAUUCAUAAGGGACCUAAGUGUCCCACAAUUCUAGGAUGGGUUUAUAUAUUUCAGGAUGGGUAAGUGGCUGUUAUUUUUAUAGGGGUGAAGACAAUUCCUUUUAAAUUAAUCUCCCUCUCGAAGCUGCCAUUGUGCCUAGAUUGCCUCACACUCCAAUUCUGUAUAAGAGCAAUAUCAGAAUAUAGAGAAACAAUAUAUGAUAUUUGUGUCUAAUUCCACAUGCUUGACUUGACUGGCAAGUCAAUUAUUUACAUAAUUUCCCAGAAUCCAUAGAGGUAGAGCAAUAUGUGGCAAUAAUGGGGACAUCAAAAUAUACGGCCAUGUAGAGUCAAGCAUUUACACCGAUUUUAUUUUUCCAAAAGAUCUUACCUGGAGAACCACAACCUAUGGAAUUUAUGCCAACCUACUUCUAUCGUCCCAUGGCACCUGACCCUCUUCUGCUUGCUCCUGAUAAUGAGUGGAGUUCAAGCUGUGCUCUGUGCUAUCCAGGCCAUUAAUGGGCUCAUCGGAACAAUCUGUGGAGACUGCAAGUGCUGUGGGUGUUGUGGGGUAAGUUACAAUGGUAGUAAAUGAUCUAAACAAUAGCCACUGAACAUCAAUUAAGGCAUAAUAAAGCUUCCUUUUUACAAUAGACAUAUAACAUUCACUACUGACUAUCAUUAAAAGCAGGCUCCAAGCACCAAAGCUGUUUAUAACUGUAUCACAGUUAUCCCCUUAAGGACACAUGACAUGUGUGACAUGUCAUGAUUCCCUUUUAUUCCAGAAGUUUGGUCCUUAAGGGGUUAUUUAUAUCAGCUCCCACAUUUGUUUAUAACUGUAUCCAUUAGUAAAAUACUUUGCACGUAUUAGACAGCCACCUCAACGACUGAUGUCACAAAGAAAGACUAUAAUGAGAACAUACCUUGUUUGUUAAAGUACUUAUCUAUGCUGUUUGAAUUUAUUAUUUUUACAUUCAUUAAAAUAGGUAUCAGUUGUGUCAUGGAAUUUUCACUUAUAAUAUUGAAACAAAUGUAAUGUUAUUAGGAUCUAAAAUGUAUUUGUCCAUAUCAUCAGUACACAUUCAAUAACUGCCCGUUUAUGCACACAGGGUAAUGGAACUGUUUAACCCUAGCCUGAGAAGAAAGAAGAUCAUACUAGAAUCAUUUGUUCAUGUCUGGACUAGAGUAUCUUUAACAACCAUGAAAUUAAUUUGUGGUGAAGCUCAAAGAUGAAGACCUUUUAUAGAGCACCACAAAUACAAUUACAUCUUCCAGUCUUCGUUUGGAGUUGAUUAAACAAAAUUGUAAAAUGAUUAUGAAUACACACAGACUUCAUAACUAUAACAUCUUAAAAAUAUAAUAUUUUAAGCAAUGCUGCUUUGAGAAUGGAACAUUAUAUUUAUUUUUUUGUGUUUUUAAAGUGAUGGAAAAUGAUAGUUGUUUACACACUAAAUGACAAGCUAUGUGGAUUUGAGGACUUCCAGUUUGCGAAAUGUAGAAAAAAAAUAAGCUAGCUGAAAAACAUCUAAAAUUAAAAUUCUAUUUCAGUCUAAAUUUUGCGAGUCAGAAAUUGUUACCAAGAUAUUUUAUAACUACACCCCAAAGGUGCAACCAUUGUUCACUUGGUGUCUAGCCACAUUGUGCAUCCUAGUUCUUUAAUUGCACAACUUUUGCAAUUCCUGCUUGCUAAGUACAAAAAAAUCAAGUAAAAAGGCGCUGUAAAAUUAAUACUAUUAAAAAACUAAUUAGCCCCUAUUAAAUAUCACAAAAAGCAAGCAGGCACUAAUAAAAGUGAAAAUAGCCCAACAAACACUAGAUACAAUAUAAAAGAAAAAAGUGUGCUAUGCCUUUAAGUGCUAUAUAUACAAUAGUGUACUUCCUAUGGGUAUAUACAAACACAGUAGAAACAAAAUUGCAGUAAAAAGUACAAUGCAAUACAAUGAUUUAAGUGCUGUAAUAGUGCAGAUUUAUAUAGAAUGUUUGUACACACUGUACGGGAAUUUUGUGCACUUUGUGAAUAUAAUAUUAUGAAAAGAGCACUUACUCCUUGUUGUAUAAUCCUUCUCUCACCAUCAAUACUUCCAAUCCUUUUGAGAGAAAUCCACUCUGCGUUGUGUAUUAAUAGUGAAUGUAAUAUCCCUGUGUCACCUCUUCCAAGAACUAACAUAUAUCUUUAUCCCCUUGUCCAGAUAAAUAUAUGACUAGCACUACUAAGGUAUUCUACUCGAUAUUACAAAUAAACAGCCAACACCAUAGUUCUUACCAGAGAGAAAUCUUUACUUAGAAUCUGCCCAAUUAAAUAUUACAGAAGAAGAAUGUUACAGAGUUAUAGUAUUACAGUUACAAUACACUCAUACAUUCCAUCUAUCUAAUAUCCACUGUAUUGUGUAUGUGCUGUGAGAUGUUAUGUGCAGCAUGUGCCUUACCAAAACCUAAUCUAAUGUGAUGUCAGUAUCUUCUAUUUUUAAAGGAAUUGGUUCCCAUGUUGUAAAUAGCAAAUUCCUCAGCUCAAUUGAUAUGUAAAUGUGAUUUACUUUCCCAAGGCCCAAAGUGUUGUCUACCCUGUUAUUUUAUUUAAGUGUUAACUCUCCCAGCCAUCCCUUUGCCUCUAACCUAAGGUGUGUUUUCCUAGAUAGGAACUCCUUUGAAGACCAGUUGAUAUGUAAAUGUGAUUGGUGCCUUUCAGGUGCUGUAUCUUUCCAACUAUCUAAACAGAAACUCCCUUUGAAGAUAAUUCCUGACCUCCCAUACACACAGACUCAAUCAAGCACAUAUUAAACAGAUAUAUACAUAAUAUUUUCCCCAACACUCCUCAAUGAGUAGAAUAGAGAAUUUGAGGUAAUAUGUAUUUUCUGCUAUAGUAUAUAUCGCUCCAAACAUAGAUAGGAAAAAAAGAAGAAACAAGAGAAAAAAAUAUAUAGUGUAAAUCUGUGUGGUGAUUAUAAUAAAUAGAAUAAAAAAUGACAACUCACAAUGGUAGAGCAGUAUAAAGUCUGUUCCAACUUUAGGUGCUUUCAUGUCCUGUAUGGAGAACUCUAACAGAACAGCAGAGUGAUGUGCUUGGAUAUAGCAAGCAGGAUGGCAACUUUGCUAAAAUAAAUCUUUAUUGAUACAAAGUUAAAGAAACCUUUUCCCUGGAACGCUGAUCUGUAGUUCUCUUUCCUCCUUCUGAUUCGCGGCUAGAACUUGAAGUCUGUAGGUGGUUGGGCACUUCCGGGAAUAGAAGAUACUUGUGGCACUACUAACGUUGUGCGUCUGGUUGCGUGAUGACGCAUUUCGCCUGGGCGUCUUCCUCAGAUUACGUCUAGUUGUUGCCGUUCGUCUGAAUAUAUACCCGCCUCCAUAGGCGUGGUAACUUCACAAAUCCCUGAUAAUUGGUCCUGACACAAGCUUGUAAACAAGUCAAUGGGCUGAGAGGUAUAUCGCCUAAAUGUCUCUUUCAUGAAAAAUUGUCUACUUGAUUAACCUUUUGUGUCCAUUGUAUUUAAAAGUUCUUAUGCAUAUAUUAAAAACAAAAUGAAAAACACAUUGUACAAAUCAGUUGGUGAUUAUCCUCGAUAUAAACAUAUUUUAAACCUCUGUAUACACAUCUGCAAUGAAUAGAUUAAUGAGAGGGUCUAGACAAAGUUAAAAAAUAUUAUCCUACUAUGUGGGAAAGAGAAAAAGUAAAACAUAAAAAUUUCUUAUAUCAUAUUAUACCAAAUAAAUCUGAAAUAUAUCAUAAAGGCACACACUAUAAAAUAUUGUACAUAAAUAAAUGGGAGUAUAUAAAAAAUAUAUGGAAGUACAUAAAAAAUAGUAUUUUGAUAUUAAUAUACAUAUAUAUUUAAAUAAAAAUACAUUUAGAAUGACGUUAUAAAUACGUAUCCCCUUAAUGACCGCGGACGCACUAGGUACAUCCGACAAAAAACGGUCGUUAAGGACCAGGGCAAAUAGGAGCCCUGGACUUACCUGGACAGGCGAUCCGCAAUGAUCACAGUUGGGGGGACUGCCAGAGACCCCAGCAGUCCCCCUGCAGCAGCUCCGGCCACCCCGGCCCUCCAGGGCCAUGGGAUCACCAUGAUCACCGCCGCAAUAGGAGUCUAUGGAGAUGCCAGCAGGGGGACUCUCUGAACUGUCAGGCAGUCCCCCAGGCUGCUUAAAAGUAAGAAAAAAAAUAUUAAUAAAUAUAUUAUACAUCUAUUAUAUAUGUAUAAUAUAUUGUAAAAUAACAAAAGCAUUUUAUAAUAUAUUAUACAUAUAUAAUGCAUAUUUAUGAUUUCGUUAUAAGUGUACUUUGAAAUAUAUACACAUAUAUCUCAAAAUACACUUAUAAUGAAAUCAUAUAUAUGAAUUAUAUAGGUAUAAUAUAUUAUAAAAUACUUUAAAUAAAAGUGUGUGUAUAUAAAUAUAUAUGUAUAUAUAUAUAUAUACAUAUAUAUAUAUAUACACACACACACAUACACACACAAGUAUUAUAUACACACAUAUAUGUAUACAUACACACGUAUUAUAUGUAUUAUAUUAUGUAUAUUAUUUAUUUAUAUAAUAUACAUUUAAAAAACCCUAUUUUAUUUAUUUUUAUAUUUAUAUAUAAAUAUAUAUAUAUAUAUAUAUAUAAAUAUAUACACACACACACACAUACACACACACAUACAUUCUACAUAUAUAUUUAAUGAUUAACUACAUAAUUAUUUUAGUUUAUUAAUUAUAAUUUGAGGGACCUGCCUGACAAACCAGACAAACAGUCCAGAGAAUUUAAUUGGCAAGCGCUAUAUUUAACCCCGUAACUUUCCAAAACAACAUAAAACCUCUACAUGGGUGGAUAUUGUUAUACUCAGAAGACUUCACUGAACACAAAUAUGAGUGUUUUAAAAAGUAAAACUUACCACAACGAUGAUAUCACCAGUAGAGUUGAGUGGACACCUGGAUGUUCGGUUCCGGCAGGUUCGGGCUCGAACUUGACCCCGAACCCGAACCCCAUUGAAGUCAAUGGGGACCCGAACUUUUGGCCACAAAAAUGCCUCUAAAAAAGUCCUGGAAAGGGCUAGAGAGCUGCAAAAGGAAGUAAAAUGGGGGUAAAAGUAGGACAAGUGCCCUGCAAACAAAUGUGGAUAGGGAAAUCACGUAAAAUAACAUAACAAUUAAAAAUACAGCUGAGACAUAAAAUAGCACUAGAUGGAAUAUUUGAUUUUAGCUUUGGAAGAACAUAAAUCAAAAUCUAAAGCAUGGCUGUCUGGAUGAUCAACAGAAUUAUCCAUUUGAGAGAGGGUUGGAGUGCAGGGUAUUCUCUUUCAUUGUUCAAACUGAGCUCAACUCCUGAUGCAUGGAGAAAAGGCCUUCACAAGCCUCUGCUAUUGUGUACAUAGUUUACACAAAGUGACCCAUAGGUUGAGGAGGCGGUGACAGUGGCGAUGUAGGUGGAAGCGGUGGUGGAGGAGGAGGAUGAGGAGGAGGUAGCCAACACUGUUUAUAUAUAUAUCUAUUUUAUAUUUUAAUUGUGGUAGCCCACAAAACAUUGGGAUAUACAAAAAAAUAAACAUUUGCGGCCUGCGGUGCAUUUCUUGCAGUCCUGAGCAUGGAGAAAUGCUCAACUCCUGAUGCAAAUGUACUAUUUAGCAGAUUAGCAGCAAAACAAUUAGAAUGUUUACAACUGUGCUGUAAGCACACAAUUAGAUGCUUCGAUUUGACUCUCAGAUAUGAAGAGCGGAACACAUUUAGGUGUAUUCUUUGACAGUAAUACAUAACAGGAGCUGAGAAUCCAUGCCUAAAGUAGAAUGUGUAAGAAAAAUGACACAAAUUACUGCCCAAACGUUUGCCAAAGACUGGUGGUAAAAUUAGUGCAUGGAAAGUGUUAAAAUACCACCAUUUGAAAUACCCUACGGUGUCUACUUUUCAAAAAUAUAUGGUUUGAUGGAGGUAAAUUACACUGGCCAGGUACAAAAAUGUCCCAAAUAGGACAUAAGUGCAUGAGGACCAACUGUGAAAAUUCCAAUGUGCAUGGAAAGUUUUAAAAUACCACCAUUUGAAAUUUGUUUUUUGGCGGUUGUAGAUGCGUAAUAGAUUUUCGGGGUCAAAGUUAGAAAAAGUGUUUUUUUUUUUUUUUUUAAUUUCACCAUAGUUUAUAUAUUUUUUUUUAUAGUAAAUUAUAUGACAUGAUGAAAAUAAUGGUAUCUUUAGAAAGACCAUUUAAUGGCGAGAAAGAAGGUAUAUAAUAUGGGUGGGUACAGUAAAUGAGUAAGAGAAAAAUUACAACUAAACAUAAGCACUGCAGAAAUGUAAAAACAGCCCUGGUCCCAAACGGUGAGAAAAUUGAAAAGCGAUCUAGCCACUAAGGGGUUAAGUUAUAAAGUUAAUCAUUCAUAAAAACUUACGGUCAUUAAAAAAUUAGUGGGGCACUUUUAUCAUAUUUACAUUUGUUAAGCAUCUUGUAAGCAUAAGUAAACCCCUGAGAGUGUCCUGUAUAUAUCAGUAGAAUAUUAACAGGGACUAUUAGUUGUCAUGGAAAACUAUUGCUGAUCGAAUGGGGGUCCUGCUAACUGUUGCAAUAUAAAUUGUUAGAUCACUGUGUAUUCAUGAUUCACACUCAGAAGACAAUCACUGGCUCUCCAUCUGGAUGCGAUUACCUCCUACAGGAUUGGGACAAGACACACUGCUCACAUUUCUCCAUUUGGCCUGUUUUUUGUUUCUCUUGGAAAAUGUGUUCUGGGGGAUGUGCGAAAUGCCUGGGCAUUGUCCUAAUUCCUCUAGCCAUUCUGUGCACAGUGGCUAAUAUCAUGUUAUUUUUCCCCGGAGGCAAUAUUCCUUCAGACAAAGUACAAAUUAUAGAUGAAGUCUGGUAUUUUGGUGGAAUAUUGGGGUCUGGAGUUCUGGUAAGUGCAGUAAUUGCUACUUGUUCCCAAUAGCACAAUAUGAUUUUAAAAUAACGUCUCUAAUGUUGCUAUGUUUCUUUAUUUGCCUGUAAACACACAAGUAAGCAUAACUGUGAUAUUGAUAUUCUUUCAUAAUUCAUUUUUGUUUUACUUAUUUAGAUUAAUCCUUAAAUAAAAUUAAUAUAUAUAUAUAUAUAUAAAUAAGUUUGUGAUAAUACUGACUAUGAAUGUCUAAGACAAAAUAAAACCACACAAAUUUUGGAUUUGUGCACGGUGGAAAAAUAUGGCUCAUCCAAACCAUUUUUACCGAAAAACAGAAAAUGUUUUAGGCCACCCGUAGUUCUUCCUUAUGUUGGUUUGGUUCAGCAGAAUUUCAGUAGCAAAAACCCUACUCAGUAACCAAAUCAGACAAAAGUGUGAAAAAUGGGUAAAUCAAUGUAAUUUAGCAGUAAGCCAUUUGGAUCAAGUGUAAAAAAGCAACCAAUAGCAGAAAAAAGUAGCAGGAACAGUAAAAGCCAAUCUAUAUUUAUUUAUUUAUGCAUUAUAUAUAUAUUGCUCUCUUCUCACUUGAUAUGUAAAUAAAAUCAACAUUAAAUGACUGUCCCCUAGCCAUAAUUAAUUUUUAGGCACAUAAAUCAUCUCUUUUUUUUUUUGGCACAACAGGCAUAAUUCAGAUUCACGAACGUGCUAGGCCAUUACACAGUCCAGUUUGUUCAUGAUAUGGGUAAUAGAGACCCAGUACUGCAUGAACAUUGAUAGAAUCCAAAUCCUAACCCUAACUUUAACACUAUAAUAAUUGCAUCUCUUGUUCUGGAGGCACACAUUGUCAGGUCUUGUGAUGUAUGGAUGUCUCCAAAAUCCACAUGGUAUUGUUUCUCAAUAACUUUACUUAUCAAAACUGAAUAAUCUGAGUUUAAUUUGAACUGUGCCCUCUGAUGUGGUUUGCCAUUACAGUGGGACCGCAGUUUACAAAUUUAAUGCGUUCUCCUGCUGGUUUUCUUUUGAGAAAAAAUUGUAAACCGAAACGCGGUUUCCCAUAGGAAUGCAUUAAAAACCAAUUAAUCCGUUCAGGAGGUCAGAAAAAAGUCAAAAUAAGCUGGCAUGGAAACCAACCCACAAUGCAAAACACAAUAAAAGACAUGCAAAUGACGAAGCUCAGCUCCCUACCUUUCCACAGCUUGAGAAAUGCACCAAAAAGUCCCAAAACAACUGAAAACAUCUUCCAGAAUGGCUCCAAAACUCGAUGCAAAAGCUGCUCCAACACCUCCACACUCGACGCCACGUGCUACCCAGAGGCUCCAGUAUGCAGGGGGCGGUGCUAUAAACCUCCCAGGUGCAAUGCAUCCUGGGGAAACUUGCUUUGUAUUGAGAAAAAUUUUGUAAACCGAGGCAUUAUUUUCAAUGGAUUUUCACUUGUAAACCGAAAAUUAUGUUAACCGAGUCGUUUUUAAACCGAGGUCCCACUGUAUUUCUAUCAAACAUUAAAAACCACCUUUAACUUGCUUAAUUUUUUUUUUUUUUUGUAAGAUUAUAUUAACUAUUUAAUAACUGAAUUAUAAACCAAUUCAGACAUGGUAAAGUCAAGGCAAACAGUACAAAUGACAAGGAAAAAAUGAAAAUAUUUCUCCUCUUCUCUGUAUGCUAUUUCUAUGCUGACUGACAGGUGCAUAGAAUAGAGUUUCUAACAAUGAUUAUCAAGGAGCUAGGUUGGAGGUAAUCAGUUGCAAGAUAAAGAAGUGGGGAUUUCUUCAUUUAAUUUUGUUUUGCACACUUCUCAAAUACAUAUUUGUAAAUAUAGAAUAAGUAAACAUCAUUUUAUUCAAAGAAAGUUACAGUUCCCUUUAAAUUGACUCUGCAAGAAUACAUACUUGUGCAUUUAACCCCUUAAGGACAAAUGACAUGUGUGACGUCAUGAUUCCCCUUUAUUCCAGAAGUUUGGUCCUUAAGGGGUUAAAUCUAUUUUACACAACAAAGUAUUGUAAAAUAUAUAUUUUGUAUUUUUUUUAAAUAAUAUUUGUCUAUAGUUUUAGUUCAUGUUCAUGUCGAGAGUCACCCUUCAUAGCCUGUAAUAAAUGGUGCAGUCAAGUUUAUCUCCUUUACUUACCACUCUCCUCAUUCUCUACCCCUUUGUCAGCCAUUUUAUUUUGUAGCACCAAUUGAUACAUUUUAUAAGACAGUAGGCGAAAUAUCUGUGUGUGAAAUUCAAGGGAAAUCAGAACAGCAAAUCUAAAAGUAAAGCUGGAACACGAGAAUCAAUAAAUGUUAUUUAAUAAUAAAAAAAAAUUCUGUUUAGACAUCUAAGAAUCUACACUGGUCUGCCACAACAUUAAAACCACCUGACAAUAUCAUGUAGGUCACCCUUGUGCUGCCAAAACAGCUCGAUGCAUUGUGGUAACUGAUAACAAGACCUUAGCAGCAGAUUCUUUAAGUCCUGCAAGUUGUGAGGUGAGGCCUCCAGGAAUCAUUUGUGGAUCUAGCACAUCUCACAAUUGCUCAAUCAUAUUGAAAUUUGGGGAAUUUGGAGGCCAAGGAAACACCUUGAACUCUUUGCCAUGUUCUUCAAACCAUUUCUCAAUAAUUUUUGCUUUGUGGGAGGGUGUUUUACCUGAUGUGUUAUGGUGUUUUACAAAAUAAUAUCAGACAUCCCACCAUGCAAAACCUCAUUUCAGGGAGGUGGUUUCUCCAGCUAUUGUGUUGCUUCUCCCCAUCCCACCCCAAGACACCAAACAUGUAUGAACACAAGGACAUGACAUUUUAUUAUGACAGAACAAAACUAUUUAACAACAUACUGCAACUAAGUUUUAAAAAUGUUUUACAUUUUUUAAUUUUUCAGACGUGUACCUGGCUUAUAUAUUUUAACUGGUACUUCUUGUUUCCUAGUUCUCAUCUCUUUAUUUAAUAUGCUCCAUUCUUUAUUUCUUAGAUUUGUGAGUAAGAGAGGUAAAGGAAACAGAGGGGAUACAUAAUUGAACUCUAAUCCUUCCCACCCCUAUCCCCCCCACCCUAAUUUUGCUUCCUGUUGUAGGUUCUUGUUUCUAAACCUUUCCUUCCUGCCUAUCCUUGGAGAGAGAGAGAGCACACUUUACAUCUGAUGUAGUUAGAUUUACCGUUCUUUUUGUCUGCCUGUUUUAUAGAAUCUUCUAAUUUUAAGGAUGCCGGAGAAACUUUUGCACCAUUGUGAUAGUUGUUAAAUUAUAGCUUCCAAUUUGUUCAUCAUGUGCAAACUUCUAUUUGAGUGUAUCUAUUUCCAAGGUUUGCCAAUAUACCCCUCUCCAUUUUUCCUUGGCAUAUGACUUGUGCUAUUAAUUCUUGCGUGUAUGGGAUUCUCCCUGUUUUCCAAUAACGUGCUAUGAGAAGUUUAGCUGCCGUAAUGAUAUGUAAUGUUAUCAUUUGUACUUUUUUUGACAUUUUGGGCCAAUUUAGGUUUAACAAGACCACUUAGGCUUGAAUUCUAAUUUCAUUUCUGUUAUUUGAUAUAUUACUUUCAUUACAUCCUUCCAAUAUUGACUUAUGGGUGCGCAUUGCCACCAACUGUGAAUCAAAUUACCUUCACUGACAUUGCAUUUCCAACACCUAUCUGAUGCAUCUUGGAAAAUUGUAUUUAAACGUUUUGGUGUUAAAUACCAUCUAUUAGAAAGUUUGAAUUGUGUUUCCAUGAGGUUUUGGCAAUGUAUAUGUUUGUAUAGUUUAUUUAGGGCGCUUAUCCACUCUUCUUCUUCUAUUGGUACUUGUAUUUCUUUUUCCCAUUUAUUAAUCAGACCUAUUGGUUUAUUGUGUCUCCCUCCAUAUAUAUAUAUCUUUGGCACACUUUGCCAAUAGGUUUUUUAUAAUUCUUUAGUUCAAGAAGGUGUCUGAGUUCUAUAUUUUUCUCCUCCUUAUUUUUAAGUAGAUAUUCUGCAAUAAAGCCUUUGAUUCUCAGAUAGUUAAAAGUUUCUUUCAUGGAAAUGUUGAAUUCCUCCAUAAUUUGAUUGAAGGGCUUAAUUUUAAUCGCCACUAAUUCCCUAAUCCCCCCCGGUCUUCCAGGUAUCUAUUUUUAUAUUUUCCGGCAUAUCUGAAAUAGUGAUGUCGCGAACCAUGCCUUCAACAUGGAUGCUGUCCAGGAGGUGGGAGGGUCUGGGAGGGAGGGUCUGCUGGAGAUUGGCCGGGAUGUGUCAACUGACUGGAGUUCGCCGUGAACGGUUCGUGGCGAACCGUGGCAAGCCGUUCACGGAAAGUUCGUGAACGGUACGCGACAUCACUAAUCUGAAAUGGUAGAAAAUGGAAGCACCUCUAUUAUUUUAUUUCUAAGUCCUAUAUUAAUUGUGAGUUUACCCCACCAACUCGUUAAUUAUUUGAGUAACUCUGAUUUGCGCCGUGCCUCUUCAAUAGAUUUUUUAUUUAAGUCUAAAACCCAAAAUAGUGAUGAUAAAUUGUCUACCCCAGUUUUCAAGUUUCUGGGAACCCCAAUCCUCCGUCUUGCCUUGACCUAGCCAGGUUUUUCAUUUUAACCCUUGCUUUUUUACCACCCCAUACAAAUUUAAAAAAUGGUGAGUGUAGUAGAGAUAGCCAGUUUUCUGGGAAGUUGAGAGGGAUCAUUCUCCAUUCUCUAAAUUCUCUGGACUUUUGCCCUGGGUUGUCAGGCUGGUCCCCCAAAUUGCAAUCAAUAAAAUUACUGAAUUAUGUAAAAAUUGCAUAAAUAUACACAUAGAAUUUAAAUAUAUAUACAUAUUUAUAUAUUUUUAAGUCUAUGUGUAUAUUUAUGAAAUUAUUUAUGUAAUUAUGUAUUUGGACAUAUGUAUAUUUCGUAUUAUUUUUAUUUAUUUAUAUAUACAUAGAUAUAUAUAAUUUCAUUCUAAGUGUAUUUUGAUAUAAAUAUAUAUAUAUAUAUAUAUUUUUAUUAUUUUUACUUUCUUUUAUUUUUAAUUAAUUAUUUUUUUUAAAAUUAAUAUAUCUAUAUAUAUACAAUAUAUACAAUAUAUAGUUAUUAUAUAUAUACGUGUGUAAUUUUACUCUAAGUGUAUUUUUAUAUUAAUAUAUGUAUAUGUUAAUAUAAAAACACACUUAGUAUGAUGUUAUAUAUAAGAUAUACAUAUAUAUAUUAAAUAUAGAUAUAAUAUAUAUGUAUAUAUAUAUAUCUUAUAUAUACAUAUAUAUAGAUUUUUUUUUAAUUUAUUAACUUUAUUUAUUUUGUUUACUUCUUUCACCAGCAGGGGGACUGCUUGUCAGUUCAGGUAGUCCCCCUGCUGGCAGCACUGUGGACUAAUUUGCAGAGGAGGGACUGUCUGGGCUGUCAGACAGUCCCCCAAGUGGAGCAGAAGACUGAUUGUCGGCGGGGGAACGGCAGCGAUCGAAUAAGUACAUGAGAGAGGGAGAGAGAGGGAGGGAAAGGGUUAUUUUAUCUUUAGUAUUUUUAUAAUUUAUUUAUUUCUUUACUGAGUGCCUCAACCCCUCGAUUCACUUGGCACAGGCAUAGCAUCGGAAGAUUGCCUGAUGGCUUCCGAUGCUCUGCACUACACUCCCGGGCAUCACGUGGGGCGUCCGGGGGACUGAUCACCCAGUGUUCUCCGGCAGCCUGGCAGUGAGAGGGGGUAUUGCAUUAUGCCUUGACAUCAAGGCUUCGCCGCAAUACCAUUAGAGCGGCUGGAAGCGAACAUGAUAGCUUCCAACCCUCUAAUUCCCCACGGACGUAUCAGGCCACCUAACCCAACGCUAUCCAACAUAACAUCAUUAUGAAAAUGUGAGAAGUGUCAGCAUUUUUUUCCCUUUUAAACAUACAUACUAUAGUCCUUUACUGGCUAAAUACUGAGUUUGGGUAAAAUUAUGUAUUUUUAGGAAUUAUAUUAUAAGUGCAUGGGUGAGAACAUUUUUUUCUAGAAUCGGAAAAAAAAUAUUCCAUGAUGUUUAAAUGAAUUCAUAACUACAAAACAGAGUUUAGCUUUCAUAUAAUUUGCAAAUUUUUCACAGAGUGUUUUUUUAAGAAAACAAAUAUAUAGUUUUUAUUUGCUAAAUAAGCAAAGCACAUAGGUGAAAAUUAAUAAAGAUGUAAUGUGAUAAAGUCAAAAACAGACUCUCACAGCAUAACUUACUGUACAGGAACUUCUCUGCCUUUUACUGUACAGGAGGGCUGUCUCUAUGGUGUUGCUAUGGAUACUUCACCCCAGCUGGAUUUACUAAGAUGAGGGGUAUCAAAUACACCAUGCCCCCCAUGUGAGGAAAUGCCUCCUUGACAGACAGAGCUGCCCCAGUCUCCUCCCUGAUAGAACAGGCAGCCUCCAUGCUGUCUGUGCUGCAGUUGCCUCUAGCCUCCUCCUCCCUCCCACUCUUUGAAGCUGGCUGAUAUCACAAGGGCCUCGGCAGGCUAUUAAAGGGCCGUGACACAUGACCAGGCCCCUGUUUAAUGAUAGACAAAUAAUACCCCUCACGUGGCCGCAAAUUAUAUGUAUAAUGUCCGAAAAAUCACACACAAUCUGAUAUACAUUGUGUGAUUUCUGGGAUAUUGUAUAUAGUAUGGAGGUGUCAGGGAACUUCUAUGAAAAAGCAGGAGUCAUCCGGAACUACCGGGAGACUUGGAAUUUGUGUAAUAUAUAUAUAUAUAUAUAUAUAUAUAUAUAUAUAUAUAGUAUGGUUAUGGUAAACCUUUUAUAUGUCUUACAGAUGAUUUUUCCAGCAAUUGUAUUUCUUGGUCUGAAAAAUAAUGACUGCUGUGGAUGCUGUGGCAAUGAAAGUUGUGGGAGAAGAUUUGCUGUAAGUAUUAAAUACAAUAUGGAAUAAUCUAAAAUAAUUUCUCUCAAUAUUGGUUAACAUUUAUCAGUGUAUUGCAGCCCUCAAGGCCUAUAAUCAAGAUAACAUAUGUUAUAGGGACGCUAUAGGCUCAUUGAAGUGGUCUGGGUUCAGUGUAUCUGAUCCUUUAACCCUGCAAUGUAAAACUUUGCAGUUUUUAGUGUUAAGACUGUCUCUAGUGGCUGUCUACUAAACAGGCACUUGCUGCAGUUUCAUGCAGUUUGAUUCCAUGAAAAUGACGCUGGACGCUCUAGGAAUUACCUAUGGGGAAGUGGGUAGGGCCUAAUGCCUGUGUGGAGGAGGGUAAGUGUAAACAGUGUUUUCUUUUCCUAACACUAAAGUUUUUCAUUAACAUGAGAUGUAAAGAGAAAAAUAAUUACAUUUUCAGUAAACUGAAGAAAGUAUGGAUUAUUAGAACAAAAAAAUGUCUUCUGACCACCUUCAGCUUAAUGCAGCAAGUUGUGUAACACCAUUAAUAUAUGUUAUUUUUUAUUUUUUUAUUUUUUUUGCAAAUCUGAUUUUAUUGAGGGAAAAGAAUUAGGCUCCCAGGCCUCAACGAAAAGCAGUAUUACGUGUUACAACAUAUGUUAUUCUUCAGAACAUUACAUUGGAAGGUUCCUAUAACUUCAAGGCUAUUACACCACGAUAUCAGGUUAAGGCAUAGUUAGCAUAAAUGUUAUUUGCACAAAUACAGCACAAAAGAGCAUUCUCAGUAUUUGUUUGCAAGACAUUAUCUAGUGUGUUUGCGUGGUGCAUGUUCCACGUUUGGUGUUCGACCCCCUAGAUAUAGUCAGACAGAUGUUGCUUUCAGUCGUCAGGUUAGUGACUUAUAUCCCUGAGAGACGUAUGAGAGUAGCAAGGAAUAUAAUGUGUUGUAGGGUGAGAAGAAGAAGGUUAAGGAAUGACGUGUAAGUAUGAGGAGAGCCUUCCCUGGUGUCCGCACUUUCCUGCCCAACCGAAACGGGCCGUGAGCGUGCGUGUGAUGGUCGAGAUUUCGUUUGGUCCUGUCAUAGUGGCUUACGGUAGCACGUUGGUCAUGCAGUGUGAACCUAGGCUGUGUUAUUGUCUCAGUGGGAUCGUCUGGAGUCCGGCCCUAUAUUGUGUGUUGGGUCCUUCCCUUCGGGCUCCAUCUUCCAGUUUGCACAUCCGUAUGAUGUGUCCUGUAGACUGUAGUUUAGUCUAUCGUGUGCGUUGAUUGGGCGUGUGUGUGUCGGGAGGGGUUUCGUGAUGCCACAUUGUCGGUUGUCCAGUGUGUGCGAGCAUAAGUUCGGGUCGGUAAGGGGUCAUAUGUUACCACGGGCCAUAAUUCCUCCCAAGAUGGAGUAUCCUAUAUAGGGGGGUAAGCACGUCCAAUAAAAGUGUAGAAUCCUGGUUUGUCUGUCCCGCCCCCCCGCUCCCAAUGCGCCCCGCAUGGGCCCUUUAUCUAUCUGCCUGAUAUGAGAACCAGGGUUGCCAUGUCUCCGCGUGCCUUGUCGAACGCCCCGCCAGGGAUGCCUGCACUGCCUCUGCCGCUUGUAUGUCUUUGACCCUAUGGAGCCAUUCUUCUGUCGUGGGAACAGUUGCUGUCUUCCAGUAUACUGGAAUUAGGGAUUUGGCAGCAUUCAAUAGAUGGCGUAGAAUUGAUUUCUUAUAUCUGGGAAUAGGUUGUGAAGUAAUAUGUAGUAGGGCCAAUUCUCGGGACCAUUCUGUGUCAUCCCCCAGGAUCUCCUUUAUUUCGGAGUGGAUAUGAUCCCAGUAUUGUGCGAUGGCAUGGCAUUCCCACCAUAAGUGUACUAUGGUACCUCUCGCCAUUAAUAUAUGUUAGACCUUAAUAUUAAACGGACACUAUACUCAACAAAACAACUGUUUGGGUGUGUACAUCAGGUCCAUGCAGUCUGACUGCUCAAUUCUCUACCAUCUAGGAGUUAAAUUACUUUUGUUUCUGUUUAUGCAACCCCAACCAUGCCUCCCCUGGGUGUGGCUCACACAGCCUGUAUGAAAACAAUAUGGUUUCAUUUUCAAUCAGAGUAACUUACUUUAAAAGUUUGUACCUUCUGCUCUGUAAAUUGGGCUUUAAUUGCUUACAGGAGUCUCCUGUGGGGUCUAGCAAGCUAUUAACAGAACAGGAGAUAAGAAAUUCUAAAUUUAAACAGAAUUUUCAAUAAAGGAAGUGUAAACAUUAGAUGACUCUUUUCAGGAAGUGUUUAGGGAGGCUGUGUAAGUCACAUAAAGGGAGGUCUGUGCAGGGCUGCAUAAACAAAAUUACUUAGCUCCUAAAUGGCAGAAAAUUGAACAGUGAGACUGCAUGGGGCAUGAUUUAUACACCAAAACAACUUAAUUAAGCUAAAGUUGUUUUGGUAAAUAUAGUGUCCCUUUAAUAUUCAGGAUUCUUAUCCACAAAGACUCAUUUCCCUAAAAUUCGUUGUUCAAAGGUAAUUUAUGAUUCACCAAUAAAUAUCACAACAGGUUACCAAUAAUUGUAAUUUUAUUGUGACAUGAAAUUAAUGCUCAUGCGUGAUAUCAAUGCAAUGCAAACAUAAUGGAAAAUGGCAAUACAGCAAACUAAUUAAUAAUUGUGAUAGAACACCCUAUUUCUCUUGCCUCAGUCAUACCUUAAGUAACUAAACCUCAACAAGAUAUUAAUACUUGUAUGUCUGUAAGGUAAACAACAGGUGUUAUAAAAUUUUGUUAUGGAAAUCAUCAUUAUAAUUGUGGCAAAGGUUUGCCUGAUCUACCACAUAUUUUAUUUGGCUGCAAAACAAACAAACUAAAUAGUAUCAAAAAUUUAACUCUAAAGUAUUACAGUUUACUUAAAGGGACACUACAGUCACCAAAACAACUUUAGCUUAAUGAAACAGUUUUGGUGUAUAGAUCAUGCCCCUGCAGUCUCACUGCUCAAUUCUCUGCCACUUAGGAGUUAAAUCACUUUGUUUAUGAACCCGUCACACCUCCCUGCAUGUGACUUGCCCAGCCUUUAUAAACACUUCCUGUAAAGAGACAUCUAAUGUUUAUCCUUCUGUUACUGCAAGUUCUGUUUAAUUUAGAUUUUCCUAUCACCUGCUAUGUUAAUAGCUUGCUGGACCCUGCAAAAGCCUCCUGUAUGUGAUUAAAGUUCAAUCUACAGACCAAGAGAACAUCUUACUGAAAGUGAAACCAGUUUUUUUUUUUAAUGCAGGCUGUGUUAAUCAGAGCCAGGGGAGGUGUGGCAAGGGCUGCAUAAACAGAAACAAAGUGAUUUAACUCUUAAAUGGCAGUGAAUUAAGCAGUGAAACCUGAGAAGCAUGAUCUAUACAUUAAGAGUGCUUCAUUAAGCUAAAGUUGUUAGAUUGUAAAUAUAUAUAUAUAUACAUACAUGGACCGUUGCUGAAAUUUAACCUUCCACAGAACCAGAUAGUUACCCCUGAGAUGAUAAGAAAUUAACUUUUAGAAUUUUAGAACUGUUUGAAGAUAGAAUGGCAGUGUUCCUCCAAUCAGGGUGUGCUAAUUUAAAAAUAUCCUUAUCAAAUUAAUAACCAAUGAUUUUCACAAGGGUGUGAAUAUUAAACUGAAUAAAUUUAUAUUUUAUAUAAGAUUAAUGUAAUUUUACUGUUAAUUCAUUAGACACCAGAGGGCAAUCAUGGUUAACUUUUAAUUUGAACUGGCUGACACCUCUCAAAAGUUAGUUUCAUAAAACUAUUAACAAUUACCUGUUAUUAUUGCUUAUCAUUAGCCUUGAAAAGUAUAACUAUUGGCCAAGCAAUACCUUUCCCAUGUAUUAGAAAAAUAAUACAAGCUAAAAAAAAUAAAAAAAUAUCCUCUCUCUCUUUUUUAUAUGAGGCAUAUAGUAAUCGAUACAGAAACAUGACAGUAGGAGUUAUAUCGUGACAAUGCAAGAGUACAAUUGUUACACAGGUUAAUAUACACUCCUGAGUAAUUAAACCACUUUUUUCUUUUAAGGGUUAAACAUGCUAGGCUAGUACAUGCUAUAUACGUAACUGUUAAUAUGCAAAAAUAUAUAAACUAGGCAAUUACAUCUGAAAGCAUGUUGUAGGCCAUGCUAAAAUGGAUAUAAUAAGUGCAGCGUUAGCUCAGGGCAUUUAAGGCCAUGACAAAGUAAUGCAGAUGAGGCAUUAGCCCAAAAUAUAGUUACUGCCUAGAACCCAAAUAAGUUGAAAUAACACAUUAUAUGUAAAUAAUAGAGAUACAGAGUUAUAAUAAUCACCUUAACCCACACAACACCCUAUCAGCUCACUGCAUUGCAGAAACACAGAUAAAAUAUACAACAGCUGUGGGCAUCAGCAGGACUGGAACAGCUGGUUGUGGCAGGAAUGGGUCCAAUUGUAGAGGGGGAGAGUCCGCUUGGGAGCAGGUAGGUCGCCUGCAGAACUUAUUCCUCCAAUUCCAAAGGUGGGAAAUCAUGGCAAUGUUGCAGGGUGGAUGCUAAUAUUAACAAGCUAAUAUUUUGAUUCAUUUAUCACACAGCUGUGGCUUUUAAGACUGGGCCAUUGUAUUAAGGCUUGUGCAAAGCGUGAAGAAAAGAAAUCCAGUUACAGGAACAUGCGAGGAUUAGUAAAAAAAAGAAAAUGCUAACAUAUGUGUUAAGUAUUACUAUCAUUUUAAUAGAUCAAUACAAAUAAUAUCUGCUAUGAUUUUAUAUAUAACAGAUUGCUACCCUUAACCCUCAUGCCCAAAAGAUUUAAAAGAACACUGUAGCAUUAGGAACACAUAUGUCUACAGUCUUGAUAUGCUUACUUUGUUUCAGUGCCCCCCCAGUGUCAGAAAUAAAGAGGAAAUGAAACAAAAUUAAAUAAAUAAAAAUAAAUCACUCAUCUUCUCUCCAAGCUGCCAUGACCUCUUCCUUGUCUGAUGUCAUCCUAGAGGCAGGGUCGGUGCAAGGAUUUUUGCCGCCCUAGGCAAAAGAAAAUGUUGCCGCCCACCCACCCCCAUGUGACAUCACAAUGCCCUACCCAUAUGAUCUGCCAGAUGAACUAACACCAGUGCUGCACACAGUGUGUGUUUAAAUUAAAAAGCCUGCAGGGACCGGCUAUAGACACCAGAACCACUUAAUUAUGCUGAAGUGGUUCUGGGGACUAUAGUGUCCCUUUAAUGUGAGGUAAAUUAGAGAUUAGUGUCACUAAUAAUAUACUAGAUUGCCUACUUACAACCAGAUGAGCAGGGUGAUGGGCUCUGGCUGCAGUUUGGUUCCACUGGUUUGGUGUAGAGCAGGAUCUCUGGAGGCUGUUUGUAACUGUGGUCACAAAAUUCAAUGUUGUGGGAGAACAGGAAGCUUCUUAAUUUUUGGGGGCCCCUUACACAGCUCAAGGUCUGAGCCCCAGGGCCUGAUGGUGAGUAUGCCCAAGAGGCCCAGUCAUAAGUACACCCAUAUGUUCCACCCAUGAGUUCGCUCACAGGGAGUGGAGUGUAUAGGGGAUGUGUUAUGUGUUAUUGUAGAGGAUCUAAUGUGUGUGCUUAUGGAAUGUAGUGUAUAGGGAUACCAGCUUGUGUAGGUGAUGCAGUGUGUUUGUGUGUAGUGGAAGCAGUGUGUGUUUGUGUAGUGGAAGCAGUGUGUGUAGAGAUGUAUUGUGUGUUUCUGGUUGUGUGUAAGGGAUGCAUUGUGUGAAUCUGUGUUUGUAUGCAUAAGGGAUGCAAGGUGUGUGUCUGUAAGUGUGUGCAUUGACUGUGUGUGUAAGAAAUGCAUUGUGUUUCUGUGUGUAUGUAAGAGAAGCAGUGUGUGUUUGCAUGUGUAUGUAAGGGAUGCAUUGUGUGUUUCUGUGUAUGUGUGCAAAGGAUGCAUUGUCUUUGUGUGUAAGGGUUAAAUUGUGUGUGUGUGUGUGUGUGUGUGUGUGUGUGUAAUGGAUGCAUUGUGUGUUUCUCUGUGUGUAAGGGAAGCAUGUUGUGUUUCUGUGUGUGUAGGGAUGCAUUGUGUGUUUCUGUGUAUGUAUAGGGAUGCAUUGUGUGUGUGUGUGCGUAGUGUGAAAGAGCUCCCUGUCCUGCCCCCUGUCCUAUAGAGCUCUCCCUUCUGUCCCUUAAGCUCCCCCUGCCCCUUAGUGGUCUCUCCUCACCCCCACCCUCCCCUAGCGGUCUCUUCUCACACCCAGCCACCCUCCCUGUGUCUCCUCACCUCCCCUUCUCCUCACCCCCUCUCCCGUGUUCUUCUCACCCCCCAUCCUACCUGUGUUCUUCUCACUCCCCCCAUGUUCUUCUCACCUCCCCCCUCCCUGUGUCUUCCUCACCUUCCCUUCUCCUCACCCCCUCUCCCUGUGUUCUUCUCACUCCCCCCCUGUGUUCUCCUCAUCUCACCUUCUCCUCACCCCCUCCCUGUGUACUUCUUACUCCCCCAUCCUCCUCCUGCCUUCUUCUUACUCCCCUGUUUUCUUCUUACUCCCUCCUUCUACUUACUCCCCUCUUCUUUUUUAUUCCCCCUCUUCUUCUUACUCCCCCUUUUCUUCUUACUCCCCCAUCCCCUCUUCUUCUUACUCCCCUCUCCCCCCUUCUUCUUACUCCACCUUCUGCCCCAGUUCUUCUUACCACCUCCCCCGUGUUCUCCUCACCUCCCCUUCCCUGUAGCGUGGCCGAGCUCCUCUCUGGUCCGCGGUACAGGAGUUUCUGUUUCCUGUACCCGGCCGGACUGACAAUAAGUGUACACAGAGCUGCAGCAUUUAAAGGGCCGGCGAUGGGGGCGUAGGGCACCCCCUCCUAUUUGGCGUCCUAGGCGGCUGCCUAGUUCGCCUUAUAGGAAGCGCCGGCCCUGCCUAGAGGAGCAUUGAGGACUAUAGGUGGCCAUGCCUAUGAUUCUGCCAUAGUGAAUCAUGGAAUACAAUGAUUCUCUAUUGCACACUGUGAUGUUGUGUGUUUCUCUGUGUGUAAGGGAAGCAUGUUGUGUUUCUGUGUGUGUAGGGAUGCAUUGUGUGUUUCUGUGUAUGUAUAGGGAUGCAUUGUGUGUGUGUGGGCGUAGUGUGAAAGAGCUCUCUGUCCUGCCUGCUGUCCUAUAGAGCUCUCCCUUCUGUCCCUUAGAGCUCUCCCCUGCCCCUUAGUGGUCUCUCCUCACCAACCACCCUCCCCUUGCGGUAUCUUCUCACACCAAGCCACCCUCCCUGUGUUCUUCUCACAAUCACCUUCCCUCCCUGUGUUCUUCUCACCUCCCACCCUCCCUGUGUUCUUCUCACCCCCCACCCUCCCUGUGUUCUCCUCACCUCCCCUUCUCCUCCCCUUUUCCUCAUCCCCUCUCCCGUGUUCCUCUCACUUGUUCAUGUCACUCCCCCCUUACCUGUGUUCUUCUACCCUCCCCCUCCCUGUGUCUUCCUCACCUCCCCCCUCCCUGAUUCUCACUUUAAUGAAUAACUAUGAUGGUCUCAUGGGAAUCAUAUACUCGGGAAGAGUGCAGUAGCCCAUGGGGGUCUAUGUCAUCCCACAUUAUUUAACAAACCCUAUUGGAUGAGUAUUUUCUAGCGACAAUGCCCAAUUUAGUACAGGGCAGACUUUAGUUAGUAACCCCAUUAGACCCAACUCAAAGAUGUUUCCGCAUACAUGUUACCUAGCACGUAUUCUAUAUUGAUCUUAUGUGACAAGUUUUGACUACAGUGAUCAAUUGGCAGGGACUACAUAUAAAUGUGAUCUGAUUUUUUUUUUUUAAACCCUGAGGGUCAACUUUUAUUUUUUGUAACCCUCAGGGGUUAAUUUUAUUUUAUUAAUUAAUUUAAAUAUAUUAAAAUGAUAUAUUUAGCUAGCUGGGGUGGGUGCAAGUUAGUGGGGAAUUGGGGAAUUUGGUGUUAGGCUAGCUAGAGGUUAACGUUAAAAUAAAUUUUUUAAAAAGUUUUAAAAAAUUCAAAAAGGUUUUUUUAAUAAAAAGUUUAAAAAAAUCCAACCCUCCUUUACCCAGUCCUAAUAAAAAUGAACCCCUUCCCUGCCUGUUGAUCACUACCUACCGUGAUCAAAAUACAGAUCACAGUAUUAUACUGUGAUCCGAUUUGUUUUUUAACCCCUUAGGUUUAACUUUUUUUUUUAACCCUCAGGGGUUCAAUUUAUUUAAUUCAUUAAUUUAAAUAUUUUAAAAUGAUAUGUUCUGCUAGCUGGGAUGGGUGGGAGUUAUGGGAAAUUGGGGAAUUUACGGUUAGUGCUGCUUACUGCUAGUUAGGGGUUAACGGUAAAAAUAAAAGCUUAUAAAAAUGUUAAAUCUGUAAAAAAAAGUUAAAAAAAGGAAAAAAAUACAUUUAAAAAUGCUCAUUACCACUACACCUGGAACAAACUAGAGAAAAAAUUAUCCCAAGCUAAGGUUCAAAAUACGCCUUUUGAAUUACCACGGGGUGUAUUCUUUAAUAAAUAGUAUGUGUUUGUGGGGAGGUUUCAAUAACCAACCAUCUAAACUACUCCAAAAUGGAACACGGACACAGCGUAAAAUUUAGAAAAAAACUGAAUGGCUGCGUCUCAUCAUCCACAUAUACCUGGCAAAGGUACAUACGGGGGUAUUGCUGUACUUAGACGACAUAGCUGAGCAACAUAUGUAGUAUUAUACAGUCGUAGCACACAAAAGGUUUGCAAGAUAUACUACACACUUGGUACAAGCUAGCAGAAAAUUUAUCCCACGCCAAGGUUCAAAAUAUGCCUUUUGAAAUACCCUGGGAUGUCUUCUUUAAGAAAUGGAAUGGCUUUAUGGGAUAUUUGGAUUAUAUAGCCUGGUAAAAUACUCUAAAAUGGGACAUGGGCACUGUAAAAAUUAAAAGUUUGACAAAAACUGGAAUGACUGUGUCUCAAAUGUGCCCCUUCCAUGUCCACAUAUACCUGGCAAAGGUACAUAUGGGGGUAUUGCUGUACUCAGAAGACAUAGCUGAGAAACAAAUUAAGUAUUAUACAGUCGUGGCACACAUAAGGUUUGCAAAAUAUACUGUGCAAACUCACUUUGUGUGUCAAAAAGGCAGAAAAAACGCUUAUUACCACUACACUUGGUACAAGCUAGCGGAAAAAUGAUCCCACGCUAAGGUUUAAAAUAUGCAUUUUGAAAUACCCUGGGAUGUCUUCUUUAAGAAAUUAUAUGCCUUUAUAGUUGGAUUAUAUAGCCUGGGACAUGGACACAGCGUAAAAAUUUGAAGUUUGACAAAAACUGUGAUGACUGUGUCUCCAAUGUGCCCCUUACAUGUCCACAUAUACCUGGCAAAGGUACUUAUUGGGUAUUGCUGUACUCAGAAGACUUAGCUGAGAAACAUAUGAAGUAUUAUACAGUCGUAGCACGCAUAAGGUUUGCAAAAUAUACUGUGCAAACUCACUUUGUGCGUCAGAAAAAAAAGGCUGAAAAAAUGCUUAUUACCACUACACUUGGUAGCGGAAAAAUGAUGCCAUGCUAAAGUUCAAAAUAUACCUUUUGAAAUACUCUGGGAUGUCUUCUUUAAGAAAUGGUAUGCCUUUAUGGUGUAGUUGUAAUAUGUAGCCUGCUCAAGUGCUCCAAAGUGGAACACGGACGCUUUAAAACCCUUCAUGAAAAUUCACACUUAAAAAACCUGAACUUGUCACGUCUCUUUUACAGCACUGUAACUUCACAAAAUAGUGUCUAGGUCAUACAUUGGGCAUAUUGUUUUACUCAUAAGGUGUAAAUGAGUAUAACUUGGGAAUCUUUAUGACAGUGGUACAUAUUAAGUGUAAUAAAUACUCAGCAAAAAUGCAACAUAUAUGUAAAAAUCCCCCCCCUCACCACAAACACAGACAUAAAUUGGUGAAAACAUGGUGACAAGUUAAGGUACAAUAUACACCAUAUAAGAUACCCUGUGGUGUCUGCUUUAUCAAAUGAAAACCCGUUGUGGGGUUAUUUGAACAGUCACCCUGCUAUAAUACCCUAAAAUGAGACAUAGACCCGUCAAAUCCAUCUAUGAAAAUUCUAACUACAGAAACUGAAAUAGCCUUGUCUCCUAUAUGGCACUGUAGCUUUACAGAAAAAGGCAUACAAUGGGGGUAUCGUUAUACUCAGCAGAUGUAGCUGAACACAAUAUGGGGUUCUGUGCAGGAAUAGCACACACCAGCUUUACGAAAUACACAUUACAAAAACCUUGUUAUAUGUGUAUAUGCGAAAAUAAAGAAAAAACACAAUUUUACUCCAAUAUUUAGCAGAGAUUGGCUACUUAAAAAGUGUCAAACUAACCUUAGGUAAAUAGCCUUUGAUGUCUACUUUAUAAAAAUAUAUACUUUUGUGUGGCAAUUUUGUUUUAUGUGAUGGCUACUAAACCUACAAGACAAACAUACCAAAUUCUAAAAUUGUUGCAAAUUGAAAUUUUAUUUUAGUCCUUGUAUUUUGUGACCUGUAGCUUUCAAAAUAAGCUGAAAUCCUAUACCUAUGAUGUACUUUAUAAAUCAUGACACAUAAAUGAAUUUAUUUUUAAUUACUUUUUCUAAGCUGGACAUAUUAUGUACACGCUAUUAUUGCCAAAACUGUGAAUGUUUUUUAUUUUUUUUCUCCAAUUUUUUGGAAUAUAAUUAAUGAGAAUGUAUCCAUAUAUAUGUGACAUCAAAUUAAAGCCCUGUUUUCCCUCUAAAAAAACGAUGUAUAAUAUGUGUUGGUGCAAUAAAUGACAGAGAUGCAAAUUGCGUUUGAAUACAAACAGCAAAAAAAUGCAAAAAUGGCUUUUGUCAUUAAGCGUAAAACAAGCUUCUGAAGCUGUGUCCUUACGGGGUUAAUAUAAUCUAAUGUAUUUAUGUUUUCUUUUCAGAUGUUUUCAUCUAUUCUGUUUGCUGCCAUUGGAUUUGCAGGAGCUGGUUACUGCUUUGUUAUUUCAGCAGUUGCUAUUCAUAAGGGACCUAAGUGCCACACAUUUCUGGGAUGGGUUUAUAUAUUUCAGGAUGGGUAAGUGGCUGUUAUUUUUAUAGGGGUUAAGGCAAUUCCUUUUAAAUUAAUCUCCCUCUGUAAGGUGCGAUUGGGCCUAUAUUGCCUCACACUCCAAUCGUGCAAAGAAAUAACCAUAUAAGGGUAAUAUCAGGAUGUAGAGAAACUAUUUAUAAUAUUUCUGACUUAAUCCCACAUGUUUGACUGGCCAGACAAUCAUUUACAUAAUUUCCCAGAAUGCAUAGAAGUAGAGCAAUAUGUGGCAAUAAUGAAGACAUCUAAAUAUACAGCCAUGUAGAGUCAAGCUAUUACACCGAUUUUAUUUUUCCAAAAGAUCUUACCUGGAGAACCACAACCUAUGGAAUGUAUGCCAACCUAGUCCUAUCGUCCCAUGGCACCUGACUCUCUUCUGCUUGCUCCUGAUAAUGAGUGGAGUUCAAGCUGUGCUCUGUGCUAUCCAGGCCAUUAAUGGGCUCAUCGGAACAAUCUGUGGAGACUGCAAGUGCUGUGGAUGUUGUGUGGUAA